CCCAGGCUUGAAAGGUGCAUACAAUGAUUGUAGAAAAGGGAGAAAAUGAGGUGACUGAUGCUGAUAGACUUUCUAAUGGCUCUUGUUCAGAGGCCAUGUUGCCAGUCAGUUGCCAUGGUAACAUCAGCGAACUUGCCACAGGUGUGAGCAAAGAUGUCACCAGGAAUUCUGUGCAGGAGACCCAGGAAGCACAGAAAAGCAAAAAUGAAGCAAGUGAAAUUGUUGAAGAAGAAGAGGAAGCAGUGAACCCUGCAGGAGAUUCACGAUCAGACGUACGAUGCAAAUCGUGUAAGAAAUCCUGCCACAAAUGCUGGAAACCUGUGAGAACAAAGUACAACCCUCUACCAGAGAAGGCCUCUAAGCUAGAGCGGGCCAAGUUCGCGUUUCUUUGCCCUCCUCAUGGAAAGUUGGGUGACUUUUUUGCCGCUGUGUUAACGUUUCUUAUAUUCUGGGCUGUGCUUAUCGCCGUCACCCGAGAUGAAGCUGUACCCGGGGGAAAUAUCUUUGCCCUCAUUAUGUUGUUUCUGUGUUGUGUGGUCUGCGGCCAUUUGGUUGCCAUCAUUAGACUACCCCCACUGUUAGGAAUGCUGAUAGCAGGCUGUUUGCUGAGGAAUGUGCCCAAGGUAAAUAUUGGCAAGGACAUUGACAACACCUGGUCCACUGUUCUCAGAAGUGUGGCUCUGACGGUGAUUCUGCUUAGAGCUGGGUUAGGUCUUGAUCCUAAAGCAUUGAAGAAGUUGUCCUUCGUUGUGAUCCGUCUGGCUUUCCUGCCCUGCCUGGCAGAGUGUCUUACAGCUGCCAUAGCUUCACAUCUGCUCCUCGACUUCCCGUGGGAGUGGGGCUUCAUGCUGGGGUUUGUCUUAGCGGCUGUCUCCCCUGCUGUUGUUGUGCCAUCCCUGUUAAGUUUACAAGAGAGAGGGUAUGGCAUGGACAAAGGAAUACCUACGCUGGUCAUUGCAGCAGCCAGUGUGGAUGAUGUGCUGGCCAUAACUGGGUUUGGAGUCGUUCUUGCAAUAGCCUUCUCAACAGGUGACCUGGUGUUGACUAUCUUCAAGGGACCUUUGGAAGCUCUCCUUGGAGUUGUCUAUGGGAUUGUAUUAGGGGUGAUAGCCUGGUACAUACCUCACAAAGAACAGAAAGACUUUCAUCUCUUCCGUUUCAUUGUGCUAUUAUUGGGUGGUUUGUUAGCAACAUUUGGAAGUCAGAUUGUUGAUUUACCAGGAGCAGGACCUCUGGGAUGUCUCACUCUGGCCUUUGUAGCUGCCUAUAGAUGGCGCCAGGAGGAUGUGUCAGGUGGCAUGGCCCAGGUUUCUGACUUCAUGUCUCUGAUGUGGAUGCUGUUCCAACCCUUGUUGUUUGGUCUGAUAGGCACUGAGGUAGACAUAUCCACGGUUCAGGGGAGCACAAUAGGCCUGGGCGUGGCUGUGCUGACAAUAGGACUGUUUGUACGGGUGAUCGUGUCCUUCCUGGCCGUGUUUAAAGCAGGUCUCACUGUGCGCGAGAUGCUCUUCAUCCCUCUAGCGUGGCUCCCUAAAGCAACCGUACAGGCGGCAAUUGGUUCCUUAGCACUGGACACAGCACGGAGAGAGCGGGCUAAUGAUAGUCAUAUAUUACACCUGGGCACACAGGUGUUGACAAUAGCUGUACUGGUUAUCCUCAUCACAGCCCCUGUGGGCGCUGCCCUUAUUGCUCUCACUGGGCCUCGUCUGCUGACAAGGACACCUGUCUCCAGGAACAUUCACUUAUCAGCUACCUGUGAACAGCCAGAACUAACAGCCACAGCUGACACCCACAAGCUGGAGGAGGAGGGUCAAGAUCAAGAUUAGUAAUUUGAGAAUUCAUCAAAUCUGAGUUCACUUUCACAAAACUUUACUAUAAAUCUAUUUAUCGUAACUUUUCCUGCAAAUUACAUUAUCUCUAAAUAUAGCACGAUAUUGACAUCAUUUACCAAAAAAGUCAUCAGAAAUUUGACUUACUAAUUCUUUAGCCCAGCAUAACGACCCAGGAGCUUCUCACCAAUGCGGUUGCUGUGAGUUCAAGUCCAGCUCAUGAUGGCUUCCUCUCCAGCCAUAUGUGGGAAGGUCUGCCAGCAACCUCCAAAUGGUUUUGAUCACAAAUGGGACUGGUCCACGUGGUUCCGGUCACAAAUGGGUCUGGUCCACCUGGUUCCGGUCACAAAUGGGUCUGGUCCACCUGGUUCCGGUCACAAAUGGGACUGGCCCAUGUGGUUUCGGUCACAAAUGGGACUGGUCUGCAAGGUUCUGAUCACAGAUGAAAGUGCUAUAUGUUUGUCUUUUCCAUUUAUUGAAUUUUUCAUGAAAUUUUUGGUGUGUAUUUAUGUUGUACAGUAUGAGAAGCAUCAGUGAGUUAGUCUAUGCAUUGGUUUUGCCACACUGAAUCAGCUCCUGACCUAUUAGGUCAUAAGAUCAAAUCCUGCUGUUGCGAAUUUUGCUGCAGCUGCAAGAAUAUAGGUUUGUUGCGUACCUAGCCAACGGUAAUGAUGUACUCUGUUUUUGUCCACCCACAAAUCUUACCACAGUGAUGUAAGUGAAGACAACACCAAACACAAAUUAAAUUGGAAAAUAAAUACAGUAAAUAAAUACACUAAAUGCUGGUUUCAGGCUUAGAAAUUUAACACUAAAGGAAGAUACAUGUACAAUGCAUGUACUUUUGUAUGGUCUGGUUAACAGCCGAUUCUAUCUGUACAGAGGUAAGGCUGUUCAUCUGCCAAGCAUCUCUGUUCAUACUUAUUUUGUUGUUGAUUUAAAUAGUUUAAAUGUACAUGUAUAUGUUUUGUGAACCACAAAGAUUACCACAGACCAAAGACUUGACUGUAAAUAUUUCUAUUAAUAUUUUGCAAAGAUCUGUAAUAAAUUUGUCAGGAAGAAAUCCAAUAAAACCAAAUCCCGUUUUUGGUUUUUGUAGAAGGGUUUUUUUUUGUGUUUUUUUUUUUCAUUUUAUUCAUGGUGAAUACUUGAUUAGUUAAAUUAAUGCCAUCUAUACUUUAAUGAUGUAUAUUUAUUUUUACAAAUUACACAGCCUUAUUGCACAUGUAUGUAAUUGUUGUUGAAAGCUUAUACAAGUAUUUACUGUGAAUGCAACAAAUAUUUUUUGUUCGGUUUUGCUUAUUUCUGUCUAAGUGAAUCUCAAAAGCUCCCAGUGUUUUACAUUUAUCAUAUUUUUGUGAGACAUUUAUGUUUAGGAAAGUGUAUGUAUCUUUCACCCGAUUUACUAAUUUCUGUUCAUGCUUUUAUGCCAUAGGUUCAGUGGCCAUAUUUUUGUAGCUAUGUACACAACUAUGUCAGUGAGGAAUGUUUUAUUAUGGAUCUCGUGAUCUAAAGAAAUCCAGUAAUAUUUACUUAAUCUCUGAUCAGUAACACCUGGUAAAUGUUUCAUAUGGCAGUGUGCCAGAUAUGAUGUAACAUACUUUGUAACGAAGGACAAAGAGAUUCUGUGCAUUUUAUACUUAUGCACAUACCUCUUAUAAGAAGCUCAAGGGCCCCAAAUCUACAGACAUACACAAACAAGAAGAGAUUUGGAGUUUUCAAUAAAAUAACAACCAGUCUGCACAGGGCAUUAUUAUGUGACAUUCACUACAUAUAUAGAUAAUAGGAUAUAUGGUCUCAGAGAAAGAACACAGACAUUUAGGAAUUGUUCACAAAGUGAAAUGAUUGCCCUGCUCUUUAGAACGCAGCCUGUGCAUAAGUGUCUACCAUCAUAUUAUUAAUUUACUGAACUAGUUGUGUUCAUUGCAGUCCACAUAUUGAAGUACCUCUGAGUCUCAUUGCUGUUUAUAUGUUGCCUUAAGUGACGAGAUUUAAAAAAGUUUUGUAUACCCACAUGUAUUGUGAUUUAUCUUGUGUCUAAAACGUGUCCUCAGUGAUAUCGUUUUUAAUCUGUUUUUCUGUUUGCUUUCAAACUGCAUCCUUUCUAGUCAAAUCACCCCUGAUUUGUGAUACAUGUACGUACAAUUUUAAGUUAUUUUUUUUAAUCUCAUAUCAGCAUUUUUACUUUACUGCCAAUGAAAAUAUAUUGGCUACAGAUGUAUCAGUGUGUUAUUUUCAGUAUUUCGACAGUACAUAUUAAGAUUACGUCAAAAGUGCAGAUCUCUAUAAGUAAAUGUGAUAUCUGAUAUAAGCAUUGUAUGCUUACUAGUGAUCAGAGAGAACAAACAUAUAUUUACAGUAAUAGUGCAAAGUGUUGUGGAAUGGUUGUGUCUGUGAUAUGCAGUAAACACUUUGAAUUAUAUUUAUUUAUUUGAUUGUUGUUUUACUCAAGAACAUUUCACUUAUACAAGGGUAGCCAGCAUUAUGGUGUGAGGAAACUGGGUAGAGGCUAGAGCAAACCCAUGACCAUCUGCAGGAUGCUGGCAGGCCUUUCCACAUAUGGCUGAAGACGAAGCCAGCAUGAGCUGAUGCUAACCACCUCGGCCACAGCCACCACAUAUAAUCCUAGUGUAUAAUGAUAGAGCCUCAGACCAGGA